AUGGCCCAGGGUCUUCUCAAGAAAAGCAAGCCUGCUACGGCAACCGCUAAGCGACCCUCGCAAGCGACUCCGAAAAUUAAGCGCGGUCCUCGACAGAUCGCGCCUAAGAAGCAGGCUCUUAUUCGGCAGGCUAAGAUGACCAAGAAACUCACAUCCGGCCUAGUCACAAAGACGGAGCGCAGUCUUGCCACUAAAGCGGGUCAUUUGGAGUUGUUGGGCGGUGGUAAGAAGGAUAAGGGUGAUAAGGCUGGCAAGAAGAAGUAA